ACAUGGCGCCGCGUGUGAAUAAAAUAACCAUUAGAAAAUAUUUUAAUAUAGAAAAUAAUCAAGCUGCUUGCAAACUGUGCACACAUACAUUGAAAGCUGAUAGGCUUUUUAAUUUAAAGACGCAUAUAAUAAAGGUGCAUAAUAUAAAAGAGGAAAAUUUUGCAAAAGAGAAGAGCAGUAGUGUCAACCACAAGCACCAUAGUAAAAUUAAAAAUAGAAACCAAAUGUUCAGAAUCGAAAUAAGUAAAAAGCAGCUAUUUCGCUCUUACAUCGGCUUGGUAAUCGAAGACAGCAUUCGCUUGGAUAUUUUGAAUUCGGAAAAUUUACAAAAUAUCCUAAAUCCCAUAUUCCAGGGACUUGGUCGAAGAACCGGAAAGUUUUAUAGGCUUAACAGCAGCAAUAUCGAAAAACACGUGGAACACGUGGCAGCCAGCAUAAGGGAGGCUUUAAAAAAUGAGCUUAAACCUAGACUUUUGUCGCUUAAAAUCGAUAGUGCCACACAAUUGUCGCCCAACAUGUUUGCCAUAAGUGCUCAGUUUAUACAGGAUAGCGAAAUUCAAACCCGCGUACUGGGAAUGAUUGAAUUAAAAGAUGCCGACGCUAGUAUUACCAGCAAACUAGCAGCGGAAAUACUAAAGACUUUAGCAAAAUUUGAAAUCAAUUUGAGCCAGUUACACUGCAUUACUUCGAACAAUGGAGCAAACAUGGUGUUGCCACAUUGUGGCAUUUUUGUAGAUGACCAUGAUGAUGAGGCGGAAGCUGGAAAUGAAAUUUAUAUGAUGAAUCUUAAAAUGUCUGAAGAUUUUUCAGCCAUAAACUUGGGCGAAAUGCAAAUUUGUCCCAGUGCCGCUUACACCGCGCAGCUUUGUGUGCUAGAUGUGACCAAGGAUGUGGAGAUAAAAAAAUUCAUAAUUAGUUGUCGCAACUUGACCAGGUUCAUUAAGAAUCCUUUAAAUGGUUAUGAGGCAAUGUUUGAGCUUAAAAGCCUUGCCCUACCUCAGCUGGACUGUGCUACGAGAUGGGGAUCUACCUAUAAAAUGAUACAGACACUUAAAAAUGCCAAAGAUGUUUUGGCUGAAAUUGAAAACUCCUUGCAGUAUAAUUUCUGGGACUAUGUUGAGGCAUAUUGUCUUUCCUUUGAGCCUCUGCAGAACACCAUAAUCAAAUUCCAAACCGAACAACUACACUAUGGUGAUUUUUAUGCCGAAUGGUUAAAGUGCAAGAUAUGCACCAACAAAUUGCUGCAAAAAAUUGACAAACCAUUUGUUAAAAAAAUAGCCGGCACACUUUUACACAGCAUGGAGAUUAGGCAAACACAGCUUUUGGAUAAUGACAACUUAAUUUCUUGCCUUUAUCUUGAUCCACGUUUUCACCACACCUUAACUGCGACACAAAAACAAGAUGCGGCUAUGCAUCUCAACAAACUUUAUGAACGAAUAAAACCUAUGGUUAUACCCAAUGAAGAAAGCCGCACAAAAUUCCCAUCUGUAACAAUGCAUACUGAAGACUUGGUCCAGGAGGAUGAAGAUGAUUUGCUAAAUGCAUAUCUAACUCAAAAUUUGAAGCCCACAGGCGAUAAUUGCCCGGAUGUUUAUAGCAAACUAUUAAACCUUCAGCUGCCGUUUCUACGUGCAGGCUCUAAUGUUCUAAAGUUUUGGAGAGAUAAGCAGUAUACCGAACCAGAGUUAUAUGAUUUAAGCGAGAUAUGUUUUGCAGUUCCCGCAGGAUCAACUCAGGCGACUCUAGAAGGUGCCCUUUCCUCUCUCAAACACAUAGUGGCCGGAAACCGAAAUCAAAUUAAUCACGACACUCUUGAGAACAUAUUGCUGGUGAAGUUGAAUACUUCAUUUAUAGAUAAAGCAAUCGACACUCUGCCAUUAUUUGCAGACGAUCAAUUGGAUUAAAUACGUGUAC